UACAACUUUUGGUAUCAGCCCAGUGUCCAGAACACACGCAUCGCACGCGUCGCCGGGCCGCGUUUCACCUGACCGACUCCUCCGUGGACUCACAAUAGCAUCAGCCCACACAGCAGCUUUUUCUUUUUUUUCCCUCCCACACUUUUUAAAAAAAAUACUAUUUACAAGCACGUUAUUUAGUGGAAACACCGUCCAACCUGUUGGUCUUGUGGAGCGGAGUUAUUAAGAGAUGAAGACAUAUUCGAAGUUUUUCUAUCGCACGUGGAUUGGAGUUGCUUACGCAGCAGGUCUGGUGAUCGGCUUUUCGAUGAUGCCGCCAAUUCUCGACAGCUCCAGAGACGACCUUGUGAUUCCGGUCCAUCAAACCCUCACUAUCACAUGCAGGGGCCAACGCACACUAACUUGGGCCUGGCCUGAUCGGUCUCUGGUGGAACGUAAGCUAAGCGAGCGCCACAGUCAGGCGCCUGUCACAGAGCCCCUGAGGGAGCGGGCGAUCCUGGUCAGCGAGUGUCCAGGACAACGUGAGAGGCCAUAUUGCAAGAAGUUGCUCCUUACCGACGUGCAGGCCCGGGACACUGGCUACUAUCGCUGCUAUUACAAGGAUGUGAAGGCCGUCAUUGACGGCACUACGGCUGUGAGCACUUAUGUCUUUGUCAGGGACCCCGAAAAGCCUUUCCUCAGGAGGGACGAGACUAGCAACAACAAUCUGGAGACCAUUUUUAUCACACGCCACUCCACGGACGUCAUCGUGCCGUGUCUGGUCACCGUGCCCGACCUCAAUGUCACACUCUAUGCGUAUCCCAACCCGCUGGACAAGAAUGCGCUGACAUGGGACAACAAGCGAGGCUGGUCCAUUCCCAGACACGUCAUCGACACCGUGCCGAUGCUCAUCGGGUUUUCGUGCGUGGCCGUCCUCGAAGGCAAAGAAUACCACUCAGCGAACUACCUGAUCCACACUACAGGAAGUCGGGUUUAUGAUGUCAAGCUGUUUCCCGAAGAGCCUGUGGAGAUGAUAGCGGGGGAGGCCCUCACGCUGAACUGCACAGUACAGGUGGAGUUCGACACUGGGGUGACCAUCCAGUGGUCCUACCCAGGCAAACAGACCAACAACUCAGUGGACACUAAAUACCAUCGGGAUGCACUGUCUCACGCCACAGAAGCAGUCAACGUCCUGACCAUCCAAAGUGCUUCUACUACGGACUCUGGACCGUACACAUGCAACGUCACAAGCGUGGACUCCACACAGACCAAAACAAUGCAGGUCAUAGUUCACGAAAAGCCGUUUAUAAACCUGGACUACAGGAGUGGAGCGGUGGUGGAGGUGACAUCUGCCCAGAAGUCAUUCAAAUUGCAUGUGAAUGUGUCUGCCUUCCCUACACCUGAAACACGAUGGUACAGAGACGGAAAGCUCAUUAACGAGCGGCCCGAGUUCAAGAUGAGGCGUCUGAGAAUUCACCUGAACCACGCCUUGGAGAUCAAGGAUGUCGGUCCCGGCGAUGCUGGCCUCUACACGGUGGUGCUGAAGAACAAUGCAGCGGCCCUGGAGAGGAGACUCAACAUCACACUUGUUGUCAAUGUUGCUCCUCAGAUAAACGAGAAAGAAGUGGCAGAACCGCCCAAUCCUUACCCCAGCGGCAGCGGCCAGACGCUAACGUGUACCGCCUAUGGCCUCCCAGCUCCCACGGUCAGCUGGCAGUGGAGGAAGUGGGGACCGUGUGUCCUCAACAGUACCAGCAACAGAGUGGUCCGACCAGACAGGAAGGGCCGCGGUGACACGAUCCCAGACUGUCAGGACUGGCAGGACAUUUACUCGGAAGGGGCUGUGAAUGAAUUGGAGGCUAUCGAAACAGCUGUUGAACUCGUGGAUGGUCGACAAAAGACAGUCAGCCGGCUGCAGAUUCGCAACGCCAGUCAGUCUCUGCUGUACAAGUGCUCUGCGGAGAAUAAAGUCGGCAAAGACGAACGGCUCAUUUACUUCUACGUAACAACCAUCCCUGAGGGAUUCAGCGUAAAUGUGUAUCCAUCAGAGAAUCCCCUGGAGCAAGACAAGGUGUCUUUGUGCUGCAGUGCCGACAAUUACACCUAUGAGCAGCUGCAAUGGUAUCGCCUGGACCCGCACGCCCUGCAGGGCAAGCCCCAGGAGCUGGACUGCAGAAGCGUGCACCUCUAUGCCGUCGCCCUUGACGGAGAGCUUAUCUUCCAGGAAGCGUCCAACAGCUGGGUCCUGGAUUUCACCCUACCCGCUAUACAGCUGCAAGAUGAGGGUCACUAUGUGUGUGAGGCUCAGAGCAGGCGGAGCGGCGAGAGGCAUUGUCUGUUCAGAUAUAUGUCUGUCAAAGGGCUGGAGGCACCUCGUUACAAACGCAGUCUCACCAACCAGACAGUGAAUGUGACGGAAUCCCUGCACAUGGAGUGCGACGUGGAGGGAAGGCCCUUGCCGCACCUCUCCUGGUUCAAAGACAACCAGCCACUCCACCAAAUGUCAGGGAUCCAACUGCAGGACUCAAACCGUACUCUCAGCAUCCAGCGAGUUCGGGAGGAGGACGCUGGCCUUUACACCUGCACUGCCUGCAACCAGCGGGGCUGUGUGCACUCAACAGCUUCCAUCCGCGUCAUUGGUUCCAGUGAUAAAGCCAAUGUGGAGAUCAUCAUACUCAUCGGAACCGGAGCGAUUGCUGUGUUCUUCUGGGUCUUGCUCAUCCUCAUAUUCUGCAAUGUGAAACGGAUUAACCCAGCAGACAUUAAAACCGGCUAUCUGUCAAUCAUUAUGGACCCUUUGGAGGUGCCUUUGGAUGAACAGUGUGAAUAUCUGCCCUAUGACUCCUCCCAGUGGGAAAUCCCCCGGGACCAACUCCGACUGGGAAAGGUUUUAGGCCACGGUGCCUUCGGCAAGGUAAUUGAGGCCUCAAUCUACGGAAUCAGCAAGAGCGUACGUCUGGACACUGUGGCUGUCAAGAUGCUGAAAGACGGCGCCACGGCCAGCGAGCACAAGGCUUUAAUGUCUGAGCUCAAGAUCCUCAUUCACAUCGGCAACCAUCUGAAUGUCGUGAACCUGUUAGGAGCCUGCACCAAACCAAAUGGCCCACUGAUGGUGAUUGUGGAAUACUGCAAGUAUGGGAAUCUGUCCAACUUCCUGCGAGCAAAGAGAGAGUUUUUCCUCCCCUAUAGGGAUCGCUCUCCCAAAACUCAGAGCCAGGUUAGACGGAUGAUUGAAGCCGGUCAAACGGACCAAAGAACCCACCACCGUCCCCCCUUGCCACCCUUCCCCCCGCUCGUCGGCCUUCAGACGCCAUCAUCCAGCACGAACAGUCAGAAACCUGCUGUGGAGAAAUUGGAGGAUUUGUGGAAAACGCCUUUGACGAUAGAAGAUCUAAUUUGCUUCAGUUUCCAAGUGGCCCGUGGGAUGGAGUUCCUGGCAUCUAGAAAGUGUAUUCACAGAGACCUGGCGGCCCGCAACAUUCUGCUGUCAGAAAGCAACGUGGUGAAGAUCUGUGACUUCGGGCUCGCCCGCGACAUAUACAAAGACCCCGACUACGUCAGAAAAGGCAACGCCCGACUGCCUCUCAAGUGGAUGGCUCCAGAGAGUAUCUUCGACAAAGUGUACACCAGCCAGAGCGACGUGUGGUCCUUUGGAGUGCUUCUCUGGGAAAUCUUUUCACUUGGAGCCUCUCCAUAUCCGGGAGUACAAAUUGAUGAGGAGUUUUGCAAACGAUUAAAAGAUGGCGUCAGAAUGAGAGCGCCAGAAACAGCCUCCCCUGAAAUAUACGGCAUCAUGUUGGCGUGCUGGCACGGAGAGCCCAAAGAGAGGCCCCAAUUCCCCGCCCUGGUCCAAAUCCUGGGAGACCUGCUGCAGGACAACAGUCUGGCUGAUGGGAAGGACUACAUCCCUCUGAACCACUCGCAGAGCUCCGAAGAUGACGGCUUUUCUCAAGCUUCAUCACGGCCUCCAUCUGAAGAGGAAUUGAGGCUAGCCGGCAGCGCGCUGCCGACGAGCAGGUAUUAUAACUUUGUGCCCUUUGGUGGCUGCACGCUUGCGGGGCCCUCAAAGGCGUGCCAGCCGAGAGUGAAGACCUUUGAAGAGCUUCCUUUGGAGAUUUACCCUCAGAAGAGCACUCAGGAUAACCAGACGGAUAGCGGGAUGGUUUUAGCCUCGGAGGAGUUAGAGAGACUUGAACACAGGCACAAGGGGGCUCUCGCAAAAAGACGCAUGAGCAGCAGCAGCAGCACGGAGCCUCUAACGGCUUCGCAUGGUUGUUUUGGUCGCAACUUUGGCUCAACCAGCUCCACACAUGCAAAUUUCUUCAAUCAGCUGUCGGGUCAGACCUUUUACAACAACGAGUAUGGACACUUGUCUGAGGAGGGCUUCUGCGCCAGUGACUUCUUCUCGCCAAAUGCGCCCUGCUUGGCCUCCUCCAAUGUGUGACCUAGACACACAUGUAUGCCCAGGCAAAUUAAAGGGGUUUAAAAAGAGUGGACAGCUCAAAGUGUUACAUUGUAGCAUGUCAGUGUAAAUAAUAUAUAAAUACAUGGUGAACUUUAACCUGGGUUGACGAUGGACUUCAAUUCAUGUGCUUAACAGCACAGCAGCCACUGGGUGGCAGCAUUAUGACUACAAAACAAAAUCAAAGUAUUUUCUCAACACAUUUACUAGAUAUGUUUUAGCUUUUGUAUUCAAAGUGAUUUAUUUGUACAACUGUUACCUUUUAUGGGAAGAUAUAAAGAUUUUUAUCUCCUCCCUUCUCUCUGUUUUCAAAUCACCAUUGCACAUCUAUCCGCUGAAUUUUGACUCAUGGGUGAGCCAUAGCUGCACUCAUCUGAUUUGGUGGGAGGGGACGGAGCACCCUCGAUUGGUUACCAGCCAGUCAGGGCACAUAGACCCCAAAUCCAACAACUUCAAAUAAAAUUCAGAUGUUCGAGUAUUCCUUUCCCGAUUUUUUCGUUGUGACAUCUUACAGCACUAGCCAUGGUGGGCAAAGAUAUUCCACAGCUCAUUCGAAGGUAUCAGUCGGGAGAAGAAUCGAAAAUAAUGUUCACUAGAUUACAUGCACCAUUGAACACAAAGACCUAACCACCGAGUGGAGAAAAAUAUGGCACAACAAUGACAUGAACCAAAAACUUGACAUUUUUCUUUCAGAAUUGAGGCCAACCUGAACAGGUUCUAGCUGCUUCAUACAUUUGACAACAAUCUGCUGUCUUUGUCAUACAUUUGGACUAUUGGGUAGAAUGGCAAGAUGGAAGCUUUUUUUUUCCUAGCAAAAUCAUGCAAGCCCACCAAGAUUUUGUAAAAUCACACUUGAAAUCUCCCCAAUACUUUCUAGUCCAGGGGUGCCCAAACUUUUUGGAUCGAAGAUCUACUUUUCGAUCAACUAACCUCACGGGAUCUACCUUUACCGGCGCGCGCGCGCGCGCGCAUACACACACACACACACACACACACACACACACACACGCACACACGCACGCACACACACACGCACACACACACACACACACACACACACACACACACACACACACACACACACACACACACACACACACACACACACACACACACACACACACACACACACACACACACACAAA